CAUCCAUAUGCUUCCAGUGUGGAUGUGGGAAAUAAGAGGCAACUAACACCAAGAAGAGGCUGGAAAGAGGCGCAGACUGUUCCGCUUUUUAUCGGCUCUGCCUGCUGAGGCUUCAGGAGCUCCUCAGGCUGCAAUGCGCUCCUGAAGCGGAGGAGGAGGAGGAGGAGGAGGCGAUGAUGGCCGCAGAUGUGGAUAAAACAGUCCCGGAGAGAGAGCGGAGGAACGGGCUGAGGAGCCCAGGAUCCGGAUCCUGGUUCCGGAGAGGUUUGUGGCUCCUGCUGGUGGUCUGCGGGGCCCCCCUCGCUGCCUUUGGGAUAAAGUUCUACCGGGACUCCGAGCUCCUCAAACGCCACGAAGAGGGCGUUCGGAGUUUGGGUGCCGACGGCCUGUUUCUCUUCUCCUCCUUGGACACAGACCAUGACCUCUAUCUGAGUCCGGAGGAGUUCAAACCCAUUGCAGAGAAGCUCACAGGGCUCAUCCCGCCGGUGGAUUUGGAGGAGGAUGUGAUUGACGACCCAAAUGGAGAAGCUUUGAUCUUGGAGGCCAAAAUGCAGCCUCUUUUACUGGACUCCAUGACUAAAAGCAAGGAUGGUUUUCUUGGAGUUUCCCACAGCUCCCUGAGUGGUCUGCGCUCCUGGACGGCUCCUGCGACGCCCUCCUCUUCGUUCCCCGCAGGCCAGUUCAGAGUGUUCCUGCCCCCAAAGGGUAAAGUGGAAGCGGGAGACACCUGGUGGGUGAUUCCCAGCGAGCUCAACAUCUUCACCGGUUACUUACCCAACAACCGUUACUAUCCUCCCACCCCGAAAGGCAAAGAGGUUCUGAUUCACUCCCUGCUGAGCAUGUUCCACCCUCGGCCCUUCAUCAAGUCCCGCUUUGCACCACAGGGCACGGUCGCCUGCAUACGGGCCAGCAGUGACUUUUAUUAUGACAUCAUCUUCAGGAUUCACGCAGAGUUCCAGCUGAACGACGUUCCAAACUUUCCCUUCUGGUUUACUCCGGGUCAGUUCACUGGUAACAUCGUCCUGUCUAAAGAUGCUUCCCACGUCCGCCACUUCCACCUCUACGUUCCCAGUAACAGGUCGCUAAAUGUGGACAUGGAGUGGCUCUAUGGAGCCAGCGAGAGCAGCAACAUGGAGGUGGACAUUGGAUACCUGCCACAGUUGGAACUGCGGUCCACGGCGCCCUCCACUCCCUCUGUUAUCGUGGACGAGACAGGAAACGUCCUCGACAGUCGGGACGGAAGCAAUGACCAGAUCCAGUUUGUCUUUGAGGAAAUUCACUGGACCUCAGAGAUCAGUCAGGAGGAAGCUGUCCGCCGCCUGGAGGUCACCCUCUACCCGUUCAAGAAGGUGUCCUACUUGCCUUUUGCUGAGGCUUUUGAGCGAGCCGCAGCGGAGAAGAAGCUGGUGCAUUCCAUUCUGCUCUGGGGAGCUUUGGACGAUCAGUCCUGCUGAGGUUCGGGGCGGACUCUCCGGGAAACGGUCCUGGAAAGUUCGCCCGUUCUCACUCUGCUCAACCAGAGCUUCAUCAGCAGCUGGUCUCUGGUCAAAGAGCUGGAGACCAUGCAGGCUGACGAGCGGAACGCUGCACUGAGGGAAAAGGCCCGCCUACAUCUGGAGAAGUACAGCUUCCCUGUGGAGAUGCUGGUGGCGCUGCCCAAUGGAACAGUUGUCCACCACAUCAAUGCUAACUACUUCCUGGACCAGACGGCGGUGAAACCAGAGGAUGAAGGGGCCACCUUCAGCUUCUCUGGGGGGUUUGAGGACCCCUCUACGUCCACGUACAUCAAAUUCCUGAAGGAGGGGCUGGAGAAGGCCAAGGAAAUCAUGACUCAGUAAAAUGUGUCACUCUGCUUGUAAAGGGGAACCUGUAAGGCGUUUAGAGAAGGUUUUUAGCCUCGUCUGCGGUGGAGAAUCUGUCAUUUUUCUUCUUUUGUCCUCGUUGCUCAUAUUUAUUUCUACAUUUUUUGUGGUUAAAAAAGACAUUUUUCUACGGAUGUCGGUAUUAUCGUUUGCUUGCUCAGUGAAAGAACAAAAACCUGUAAACCUGUGAUGAUAUUUAAACCUCGCAGCUCCUUUUUAACAGCGGAUAUGCAGCACUGCAGAGUUUUUUAUGGCUUUGCGUUUCUAUCGGACUGCUGCGUCGGGGGUCGGGGGUUCUUGUUCCCCACAGCUGUGUUCUGUGCAGUUUGUGAAGACGUCACCUGAAAGCUUUCCAAGCGGGGGGGCGCCUGAUGUUUCUGCCGACACAGCUGGGGGGGGGGCAAAGCCACCGGAUUCACGAGGAAACCCAAACUAUGGCACAUAAAAUGCAGAUUUAGAUUAUUUUUAGAUUAAACCUUGUUUGAAUUGUUGUAGGGAUUAGAUAUCAACGGGAUCAGACCAAAGAUAAUUCAUUUAGGUUUAUUAGCUUAAUGCUUCAUAUUUACAUUUAAAUUAGAAAGCCAUUAUACUGGCUCUACAGCCAGUGUUUUAGUCUCUGCACUUAGACAGGAAACUUUUCACCUCAUUCCUCUUCCUCUUCUUCACGUCUGAGUAGAAAACAAGCUUUCCAGAAACUUCUGUUUCCUGCAUAAAGCCUUUAGAGUAACAACACUGUUAUUCUCUGACCUAUUAUUGCCAUUUUUCCAUAAUAA